GACAGUGGGAGAGGACUGUUUAACUGGACGCCAUGUAGCUAAUAAUAACUCAAACGCUAUCAUGGCGGUGUUGCUCCUCGUCUGUCUGCUGUUUUUUACAGGGUUUACUUUUUCUGCGGCAGGAAACUGUGAAGUGUGUGUGGACUUUCUUUCCAGACUGUAUGGCAGUCUGACGUCGGCCCACAGGGAACUCACACCUCCACUGGUGGAGGAAGAGCUGAUCCAGGCCUGCACUGUCGCCCAGGGCAAGGAGGCGAGGCUGUGUUACUAUCUAGGAGCCAGUAGUGAUGCAGCAACACGUGUCACAGCAUCGGUGUCUCGACCUCUGGCCUCUCACGUCCCAGUUGAGAAGAUCUGCCAACGCCUCAGCAGCACAGACAUGCAGAUCUGUGAGCUCAGAUAUGAGCCCCAAGUGAAGGAUCUGAGCAGCGACGGGCUGAAAAGAUUGAAGGUCUUGGAGCUGAGGAACAUUUUAGCCUCAUGGGGAGAAGAGUGUCGAGGCUGUCUGGAGAAACACGAGUUUGUCACCCUCAUCCAGGAGAAAGGACCGCUGCAUGCUCACAGUACGGAACUAUGAAUAUCAUUUGUUUCUUCUGCUUCUUUACAAAAUAUCAUCAGAAUUUAAGUGAUUACUAAUUUGUGCUCCCAAAUAAAUUCAUUUGUAUGUAACCAAUAAUGGUUAUAGAAGGCGCAUAUUGAUAUAGAAGAGGCAUACAAUACAUAAUAUACAAAAUUGAAUACAUAAACAGGAGGUUCAUGUUCAAACGAUCAUGUAAAUGGAUUGUAAAAAAUGACGUUGUUCCUUUUGACUACAAUCACUUACAUUAAAAUGUGUUUUGUUACACUGUUUAUUUCACUUCCCCUCCACCAUAUUGAGUUAUUCAUUUCCCCACUUCCUAAUGUAACAUUUUACUAACUUCUAAUGCAAUGAAAGAUUAUACACUGUUUUUCCAUAACAUUUCAAACUGAUGCAAUGACAAAAAAACCCACAAUAAAUUCUUAUUUUUAUAAUACA